AUGAAGGAGCCCCUUUCAUCCUCAUCGACAGCGACAGUCGCUGCCUCCACGCAGGCAGAUAAUGUCGCUCAAUCGCCAAAGUCUUUGCCUAGUGCACCCACAAGGCAUCCACAAGGCUCGAGCACCGCUGCCAUGUCCCCCGCCUCCAGUACCUCGGGCCCCAGCCCAGGUCCCUUCCCACGCCCCGCCGCUCCCGCUGGCUAUUCGUACGGCAUACCCCCGCCCUCGGCCAUGGCCAUGACCCCCGCUCCUCAUCCUGCCUACGCCAUGGGCCAUUAUCCCAACUAUGCCUCCACGCUGCCCAAUGCGGUCCGCAUGCCCUUGCCUGGUUCAGUGGGGGCACCAUCAUACCUCCCCGCAGGCUACCUGCCAUAUCCUACAUCUUAUUAUCACGUAGAUCCUGCCCUGAUGGGCGCUGUUACUACGGUACCUGUCUAUCCACACGGCUACGCAACCCCCUCCAUGCCUAUCCAGCAACGGCAACGGCACCGGUCAGAUCAGCAGCAAGAACAACAACAACAACAACAACAACAACAACAACAACAACAGGACCAGCAACAACAGGACCAGCAACAACAGGAACAGCAACAACAGGAACAGCAACAACAGGACCAGCAACAACAGGAACAGCAACAGCAACAGCUACAACUACAACUACAGCAACAGCAACAGCAACUACCGCCGCAACCGCACCGCCGACGAUCCGAGCAUACUUCGGUGCAACAGCAUCAUCAUUACCAACCGCAACCACACCAAUCGCAUGCACAGGGCCAUCGCCAUCACAUGCCCUACGUGCCACAGUCUCACAACGUUAUCCAGCAGUCGCAGCUUUACUCAGCUUCUCAUCAACACCCUAAUUUGUCAUACGUGGCCACCAACGGCACUCAGUUUCACGCUCCGCAACCGGCCUACCAAUCACAUCAAUACCCUCCUCACCCCCAGCAACUUCAGGGAUGGUCUCCCCAGGCAUACCCGCAUACGCCCUCUAGCAUGGGCCUCCACACGUCCGGCCUACCUUCCCCGCACAUACAAACCGCUGCCAGUGGCUAUGCCCGGGCGUAUUCCAGCGAUUCUUCAACCACCAUCCUACCCUCCCAUCACACCCUUUCCCCCACGCACAAGUACACGAUGGAUGGUCAGGUACUGGAGCUACAAUCCUUUCUGUUGCCACACGUGUAUCGACCUCACCUGGGUCGUCUCUUUGGCCCAUCCGGAGCCAUACUGAAGAAGCUGACAGCACACUACAAGGUCCAUCUGCAAGGCCUGCCAACUCGAUCUACUGCCGUCGCGGACGCCUACCUCCUAUCUGUUACGGGUAUACCCUCCAGCAACUUUGAUGGGUUCUUUCACGAUCUGCUCGAGCUCUUGGAAACGCCGCCCAAGGGAAUAGUGCCAGAGCCAACCGAUUCAGUCACGCCACCCCCAGCGGAAACGGCAGAAGUGCACAUUGAGGAUAUCGCCCAAUCGCCCGUCCAAUCAACGGUUUGCACCAAGGGAGUCGUGGUCAACCGCUGGAUGAACGGCCAAGUCCUUUUGGCCAGUCAAACCACCACAUGUCGUCUCAUCUUUCCCAAUGAUCUCCACGUCUAUGACGUCGGCGACUCCAUUUCCGUCACGGGUCCCUUUCAUUGGGUGGCCAAUCCCACAACGAUCAGCGCAAGCAACAGCAGCAACACCAGCUCUACUGCAUCCGUGUCCAAUGCGGAUGCCUCAGAACUCCCUGUGCUCCGCGUUACCGAGGCCGUCCAUGAACCACGCACAGACCCAGUGACGACGGACGUAUGCCUUGUGGCUUUGCUCCGCUACACGACGAUGGAUGGUGACACAAAACUUCUGCUGCACCGCUACAGCGACUCUUAUGCUGGUUUACAGUUGUACAAGAACAUCCGAGCCGUGUACAAGGUUGCACAUCGGCGGUCUCGCAAUUUCCAACACGUUUCUGCCGCACAGGAGCGUUGUUACCAGUUGAUUCAUGUUUGCUGGAACGCCUUUACCAUUGCAGAGCAAAACUCCCUACUUGAGCACGGUACACUCUCGUCUUGCGAGCUGAGUAGCGACUUGGACCUUGAGUUUUUGCAAUUCCACCAGAGCUUGCGGGACUAUGCACGCCAAGUGUUACGGGUCCUCAGCUUGGCGCAGCCCAAGUGUCGUCCAAAGCCCACGGACAAUCAGCGUUGGGCCGUGCCAUCUGGUUUCCGAGGGUAUUGGCACCAACAGGAGCGGCUGGAGACCAUGAGCGAGGCGGCCCAGCGCAUUGUAGAGGGCCUGUACGGGGCUAAGGUCUUGGAUAAGUGCCGGGUGCAUGUGCAUGAUCCCGUCGUGUCGGCAGCCGUAUCCGAGCAGCUACUUCUCAACGCACGCGUCGUCUCACUCGAUCUGGGCCAGCUCUCCGAGGCUGAGGCGACGGCAUGGGUGGACGAGCUCAGCCAGACGGUGCGACCACGUGAGGUCUUGGAGUAUGCCUGGGUCACACCGUCAGAGCUGGCUGUGCCGCCCCCGAACAACGAGCAGACUGGCAGAGGAGAGACCCACGUGAAGCUUCCCGCUACAGAUGUUUUGUCCUAUGCUGCGCUGCGACCUAUGCGCACCAUGCGACGCUUUGAGGGCGUCUGGCGUCCCACGAGUAGCGUGGAUCAGACAUCUGCCCUCGUGAACUGGCUUCAACAGCAUCUCAUUACCCAGUAA